AUUUUAAUACCUAAAACACGAAGCUAGUUGAGCCACGAUCACGGAGGCAACGGGUUAUCUCAUGCACUGCUAACGUAUACGGAAAAACAUUUCGAAUAUUGUGCUUUUGUGAAUAUUUUUAAAGAAAAUCAACAUUUAUAUGACAAAGACUCUGGAAUCAUAAAUAUGGAUGCGAAAUUCCUUUACGUCUUUAUAACACUUUUAGUAAAUGUAAUUGGUGAUAAUAAUACAAGAUGGGCGUUAAUUGGUAAUCCACUACUAGCUGCUUAUCCCUGUAAGGAUUCGACAGAUAUAAAUUCUUCUUAUGAACCAGGACUGUCUCCAGAAGAGGAAAAUACUUACUUUGUCAAUAUAAGGAAGGAAUUUCCCACAUACAGCAAAAUAGUAUUAAAAUUUGACACAGAAGCGAGCGUUACAUUGCGUGAUGCGAGUUUUGCAAGAAUAACUGCAAGUACAUAUGAAAGCAAUACAUUCGAUAUACAUUUUUACAAGCCAAGUAAUUAUAUUAGUUUUACUGUCAAAGGUUUGAGACAAGGAACAGUUCCUUACUUUAAAAGUGUCAAUAUUAAUACUCAAGAAUACUGCAAUAAACCUCUUGUGGGAUACUUAGAUCAUUAUAUAGAAGGUCGCCGUGGUCACGCUGAAAGUCCAAUUACAGGACCAAUGACGAACUGUGGAAGACGUAAAAUAGAACACACUGAGCUGAUUGUCAGCGCGGCACCAACGAAACCUGGAGACUGGCCAUGGCAUGUAGCUUUAUAUAAACUCGACCGUUCAUCUAUAAAAUACAUUUGCGGUGGCACCCUGAUCUCUGAGCACUUCGUAUUGACAGCUGCACAUUGUGCGUCUUCGAGAGGCGUAAAGCUGUUACCAGAAGUACUGAGCGUCGUCCUUGGAAAAUUCAAUUUAAUCGGAGGCGAUGUUGGAACUCAAGAAAGAGAAGUUCAUCAGAUAAUCCUGCAUGAUAAGUUUGACUACAGGCAUCUCGACCACGACAUUGCUUUGAUUAAAUUGAAAACAGAAGCUGUUUUUACUGAUUACGUCCAACCAGCCUGCUUAUGGUACGACAAAGCUAUUGAAAAAUUACCGACUAAUGAAGUUUUAGGUACUAUCGUGGGAUGGGGAUUCGAUAUCAAUGAUUCUUUGUCACAUCAGCUAAAUCAAGCUUCAAUGCCGAUUGUAUCAGAGAAUACCUGCAUAAAGAGUAAUCCUCUCUUCUACGCAACCGUCCUCAACGAAAAUAAAUUCUGUGCCGGUUAUAGAAACGGAACAUCUGCGUGUAAUGGAGAUAGUGGGAGCGCUUUCCAAGUAUUUGUACCAGAUGUAGCAAAGGAUAAAAACAAAACGAUCGGAGCCUGGUUCGUUCGAGGCAUCGUCUCACUCACCGUGUCAAGGACCGACGUGGCGAUAUGCGAUCCAGAAUAUUAUGUAGUGUUUACUGACGUGGGAAAAUACAUACAUUGGAUCAAUAAAUAUAACUAAAUAUUAAGUCAUGAA